AUGACGACAACGGUCUUUGAUUUGGCCGAUGUCAUGCUGACGGCCGUCUCCCAUGCGAGUGAUUUUAUCAAGUCAUUCAAAGAUAGUCUUCACGUGGAAAAGAAGGACGACGGGUCAUUAGUUACACAAGUUGAUGAACAGUGCCAAAAGCAUAUGUUUUCGACUAUUUUACACGAAUACCCGACACUCAAUAUCAUCGGGGAGGAAAAAGCAGUUGGUGGAUUACCAGAGAGAGACCUUCCUCAUAUCAUCAAACACACAUAUCCCACUGAUAAUCGAGAAAUAGCCAUUUCAGAUUUGGUCGUCUAUGUCGACCCUUUGGAUGGCACUGACUGCUUUGUAAAGAAACAGUACGAGUGUGUCUGUGUCCUUCUUGGUAUCACUUAUAAAGGAAAACCAUUCAUGGGAAUCGUCUCUCAACCAUUCAACGGUAAUAAAAUCAUCAUUUCCUUCGACAAUCAUGUCCAGUGUUACCCAGAAGAGACUCUUAAGGCUCUUCAAAGCACUGACAACAAGGAUUUCACGUUUGUUUGCUCGCAGAGAAAUGACGUGAAGGACAAAAUUACGAGCUUCCCAGAAAAGUACAACAUCGUUUAUAAAGGAGGGUCUGGCGCUAAAAUGGUGAUGUUAGUACGAGGCGAAGGAGACAUUUAUAUCCACCCUUUAGUGCAAUCGUGCACUUGGGACACUCUUGCAGUCCAAGUGAUCUUAGAGGCUCUCGGAGGUAAAGUCUGCGAUAUCAACGGCAAAGAUUUGUUAUAUCCAACUGACAAAGAAAAGGGUAUGAGACAUCUCAAUGGUGUUGUCUGUUUGUCUCAACGCGCUACAAAGUAUUUAGACUGGGUGGUUGGACUCAAACUGCAAAUUUAA